AUGUCCAUACAGAGGUGUCCAGAUAAAGGGUGGACACUUUUACAGCUUCUGUUGGUGGCAUCUUUCUCUCAGGCUGAGGAGCUGCUGUGCAGACAGAGAGGAGAUCCUGAAAACCCUCAGCUGUUGAAGGAUGGGGACAUCAUGUUGGGGGGAAUAUUCUCUUUUCACAGCAGAUGGAAAAACAGAUGGGAAAACUAUAUUGACAAACCAUUACCACUGGAGUGUACCAGUUUAAAUUUCAGGGGGUUCCAGUUUGCCCAGGCUAUGCGUUUUGCCGUCGAGGAGAUUAAUAACUCCACGGACCUACUGCCUGCCAUCUCUCUGGGCUAUAGAAUGUAUGAUGCCUGUGGCUCUGCUGCCACAGGUGUGAGAGCUGCACUGGCACUGGCAAAUAGUAAUGAAGUUAUUUCUGCUCCCUCCAACACACCAUGUAUCACACCUGCACAGGUGCUGGCCAUUAUGGGAGAAACAUCCUCUUCUCCUUGUAUGGCCAUAGCUACUGUCAUCGGGCCAUUUCAUAUCCCAAUGAUCAGCCACUUUGCCACCUGUGCUUGUCUCAGUGACAAAACCAAGUACCCGUCCUUCCUCAGAACGAUACCCAGUGACUAUUACCAGAGCAGAGCCCUGGCCCUUUUAGUCAAGCACUUUGGUUGGACUUGGGUGGGAGCAAUCAGAAGCAAUGAUGAUUAUGGUAAUAAUGGAAUGGCUAUAUUCACAGAGACUGCACAGCAGCUGGGUGUCUGUCUGGAGUAUUCUGUUGCUGUUUUUAGAACAGAUCCACAAGAAAAAAUACAAAAGAUAAUUGAUAUUAUCAAGGCUUCCACCUCCAAGGUAAUUGUUGCUUUCCUCUCCCACAUGGAUAUGGAUGUGCUAAUACCUGUGUUUACCCACCACAACUUAACUGGAUACCAGUGGGUAGGAAGUGAGGGCUGGAUCUUUGAUUCACAGACUAUGAAACUAGAUAGGCAUCACAUUCUCGAUGGUUCCAUAGGCCUGUCCAUCACUAAAGCACAUGUCAGUGGCAUGAGAGAGUUCAUGCUGGACGUGAAGCCACUCAAUUCAACAAGUACUGACUUUUUCACAGAGUUCUGGGAGGCAUUAUUUAGCUGCAAGUUCAAGCAGUCCAAGUCAUCAUCAUCAUCAUCAGGGAAUCAGAGAGAAUGUACUGGACAUGAAGAUCUAACUAAAGUCCAUAACAGCUUCACUGAUAUGUCACUCAUGCCUAUAUUUUACAAUGUCUACAAAGGAGUGUAUGCUGUGGCCCACGCACUUCACCGUGUUCUUGGCUGUAAUGAAACAUGUAACAACAAGGUGCAGCCAGAUCCAUUCACAAUUUUACAGCACAUUAGAAAGAUUCACUUCAAAACAAAGGAAGGAGAUGAGGUUCAAUUUAAUGAGGAUGGAGACCCAGCAGCAAAGUAUGAAAUUAUCAACUGGCAGCCAACAGAACAUGGUGCUGUGGACUUUGUCACUGUUGGUCUUUAUGAUGCUUCUUUACCUUCAGACAAACAGCUGAAUCUGUACAAUAAAUCGCUAAUUUUUGCACAGAACUCAACACUGGUGCCCGUGUCAGUUUGCAGUGAGAUGUGUCCCCCAGGAACUCGCAAGGUUCUCCAAAAAGGAAAACCUGUCUGCUGCUUUGACUGUGUAAGAUGUGCAGAAGGAGAAAUAAGCAACGUCACAGAUUCUAUCACCUGUGUGCAGUGUCAUCCUGAAUUCUGGUCAAAUGAGAGAAGAGAUGCCUGCGUCAAGAAGGAGAUAGAGUUCCUAUCAUAUGAAGAAAUUAUGGGAGCACUUCUCACUGCAGCGUCCCUAUUUGGAACAUUCACGACUGCCUUUGUGGCUCUUAUUUUUUUCAUGCACAGGAAAUCUCCCAUUGUCAGAGCCAACAACUCUGAGCUGAGCUUCCUGCUGCUCUUCUCCUUGACUCUGUGUUUCCUGUGUUCUCUGAGCUUCAUUGGCCAGCCGUCAGAGUGGUCCUGCAUGCUGCGACACACUGCGUUCGGCAUCACUUUUGUCCUGUGCAUCUCUUGUAUCCUGGGGAAAACUAUGGUGGUCUUAAUGGCCUUCAGGGCGACACUUCCAGGAAGUAAUGUGAUGAAAUGGUUUGGGCCUACACAGCAAAGACUCAGCGUUCUGGCUUUCACUCUCGUACAAAUUGUCAUAUGUAUCAUCUGGUUAACAAGUUCUCCUCCUUUUCCAUUCAAGAAUUUUCAAGAACUCAAGGACAAGAUCAUCCUGGAGUGUGCUCUGGGCUCAGCUGUAGGCUUUUGGGCUGUACUUGGAUAUAUAGGAAUUCUGGCCAUCCUGUGUUUUAUUCUUGCUUUUCUGGCUCGGAAAUUGCCCGAUAACUUUAAUGAAGCUAAAUUCAUCACUUUCAGCAUGUUGAUAUUCUGUGCAGUCUGGAUCACUUUUAUCCCAGCCUAUGUCAGCUCUCCUGGAAAGUUCAGCGUUGCUGUCGAAAUAUUUGCUAUUCUGGCUUCAAGUUUUGGAUUGUUGUUUUGCAUUUUUAUCCCAAAAUGCUACAUUAUCUUAUUAAAACCAGAGAAGAAUACAAAGAAGAGUAUGAUGGGAAAGAUGACACCAAACUCAUUAUGAAUGUAAUUAGCAACUCGGUUUUCUUUUGUGGUUUUUUUUUAAUGUAUUAUUCUGUUUAACUAAACAUGUGCUGUACUACUCUAAAAUAUAUAUGGAAAUAUGUGAAAGAAGAGUCAUAUAAGCCUUUGACGAA